GUACACAAAAACAUUAUCACACCUACAGUGUCUUUGGCAGCGUGUGGGCACAUUUCUCAUUUUUAUAAAGAAAUAAAAAAAAAAAGAAAACUGUUCGUAAGUCUACGAGAAAAUAAUUUUUAAACCAUCUCAAUAAUUUUUUGAAAAGUUCAAUUUUAUAAAAAAUCAUGUCCGCUUCACCGAUCGCAAGGCAAGUUACACAAAAUCAAAACAUCCCUUUGACGAAGAGAGUCGUCAUUGAUGAUGCUAAUCAGUUACCUGCUGAUUAUUCCUCAACACCCGGAGGUACACUUUAUUCCACCACUCCAGGAGGUACCCGUAUCGUUUACGAUCGUGCCUUUCUGAUGACAUUGCGAAAUUCUCCAAUUUCAAGAACUCCACCUUCAAAUUUGACUAACAUACCCGCUGAUAUUCAAAAAAAUCAACCGACAGGUGCUGCAGCACCAGUGAAAACUUCCAAUGGACCUGCAUCUACUACUAAAGAGUCUCCGACGAAAAACACUGCCAAAGAGAUUCCUGUGAUUGAUGAGACAUCUGAGACAUCUGAGCAAUUUCAAAUGGACAUGUAAAAGAGAAAAAAUUAAAAUGCCAAUUGUGAUUCAGACGAUAUAUUAUAAUUAGCCUUUCAAGAAUUACGGAAAAAAAGAUUUUUUUUGAACGGUAUUAUUAUUAAUCACCCUGACACCGUUGGCGAAAUAAUGAAAUGAAUGAAAUGAAUUUCUCUUUUUUUUGUGAAUAUUAUAUUAUAUACACACACAAUACCAACUAUUUUGCCAUAUUAAACUCAGAGUCCAUACUAUAAUUAUAAAAAAAAAAAAAAAUAAACAAACAAAAUGGAAAAAAGCUACCUCAAGUAGAUGUGAAAAAUACCAUCACGAGAGAGGAGUAUUUUGACUAGCGUUUGGAUAAAAAAUUGUACAAAAAAAAGAAGCAAUAAAAUCGGCUUAAAUUUACCCAAAGAGAGACUAUCGAAAUUUUUCAAUUGUAUAACAUUACUUUGUAGUUUGCUACUUAAAAGGUAUACUAAUUACAAAUAAAAUGUGUUUUAUAUAA